AGAGAGAGGGAGAGAGAGAGAGAGAGAGAGAGAGGUGACCGUAGAGUGAUGGGACCCGGCUGAGGGAACAGCAGCGAGUGAUCACUCUCCGAGCUGGUAAUGACAGGUAGACAGAUGUGAAGGAUGACUUCCUGCUCAGAGAUCUGUGGGUCGGACUACGGUGAGCAAGCUCAAGCCAGCGGGAACUGCCAGCAGUAUGGAGUCCGCUCCUACCUUCACCAGUUUUACGAGGAAUGCACAGCUUCCAUCUGGGAACGCGAUGAAGAUUUUCAGAUUCAGAGAUCACCGAGUAGGUGGAGCUCUUUACUCUGGAAGGUCUGUCUCGUGUUCGGCACUCUGAUCUUAGUAGUGGGCCUCAUUGUUGUGUUGGUGGGUUACGGCACUCCAACCAGGAUCGAAGCAUUUGGCGAGGAUGAUCUCCUAUUUGUUGACAGCCAUGCGGUCAGUUUCAACCGUGCACUGGAUGUUUGCAAGCUGACCGGCGCCGUGCUGUUCUGUGUGGGAGGCACCUCCAUGGCAAUGGGUCUCCUGCUGUCUGCCUUUGCUAAAAGUUACUCCAAAGAAGAGCUGUAUCUGCAGCAGAAAUUUAAGGAGAGGUUGGCCGAUCUGCACGCAACAGUCGGUACCCCCAUAAUGAGGGCGCCAACACCCGGCGAGGGAAAAGUUCCAGUCACACUUUCAAAAGUGCAGAACAUCCAGCCAACAACCACAAAGUCAGAGACCUGACAGAAGACCACAUGAAGUCGUACAGUGAAGAAAUGUGUGUGUGUGUGUGUGUGUAUGUGUGAAGAUUGACUGGAGUGCAAACUGGUGUGUGAGUGUGAAACAAGUGUGUGUGUGGAAGUUGAUCCGUGUGCAUUUCUCUCAUUUUGAAAGGUCAACUCACAUGACUGAUAGGAGUGGCUCUUCAUCUUUAUUUGCUUUGUUUGACAUUACAGCUCGAUUCUUAAGGUUAUAUAAGCGCAGAGUUGAUCGAGCUGAGCAAAGUUUAUCUCCUUCGCUUGAACAUCACUAGUAUGAAAUUCAAUUUUUAGUUUAACAAUGCAGGUUCUGAGCUAAAUGCCCAGAAAACAUGCCACAGACAGAAAUAAAUAUACAACAGCAGCUAGGGGGCCGGGGGGGGUUGUAGAGCAGCAGAUGUACCAUUUGAAGUAAUUGCUGAUUGGCUCCAUUCACAGAAAUGAUCAAAAACGAGCCAUGAACACAUCAACCAUUAUCUCUGUGUAGAAGAUCAGAUUCAGUCUCUAUGGACUGAAUACUCAUUGUGUAUCCUGUGUACACAGAAAAUCACCACAGUGAGAGCUGUCAAUCAAAACCGCACAAUAACAAUCCAUGUAGUGAUUUAUAUUUCUUUUUAAUUAUUUUUUACACGCCAAGAAAAGAAGAGGCUUAGAAGAAACUUUGCUUGAAGUCUACAGAUUACCUGAAAAGAUUAGGAGAGAAUUUAAAGGGUAGAUUUCACGCUGACAUUUUCUUCUGCCGUAUUAGGCCUCUGACCUUCAGUGAGUUUUCAGACAGGAUCGAUAGAAGAGACGGCACAGACGGAUGGGAGUUACAUCGAACCAGACAGAGCAUGCAGAACAACAUUGUCUGUCACUUUAUCCAGGGAUUACCUUCUAGAUGAUACAAAUAAGACGUUAAUGAUGGAUUCUUGUUUUUAAUUCUCUUGUUUUUCUGAAACACGUGAUUACCCUCGCUUCUCUAUCUAUAACAAACACCAGCCUGUAGACACACAUCUAUCCGUCCAAGCAUUGUUGCAAUACUUCACAUCAAAAAAUGAUCUCAGCUAGUUGUCACGAGUACAGGUGCUGCGUGGGGAAAUGGUGCAAAGGGAGCAUCAAGAGAGGCAGCAACGUGACAGAGAUGUUACAUAAGAGGGGGUGUGAGGGGAGCAUGACCAGCUCUCCUGUGAGAUCACAUCAGCUCCAUCGUGUUUGACAGCGUGGAACUCAUUGUUUUCAAUCUGUCUGGAUCUCCAGGCGCUUUAAAUAUAAUAACUGCCUUCCUGUGCUCUUACAAAAACUUGAAACUACAAAGCAUAUGUGAACAAGGCUGAAACGUUUUGAUUUGCUGGUUUCAUAUUCACUUGUGUAAAACAGAUGUUGAACAAGGAAGGUUUUUAUACAUUUUGAACACUUUGACUUACGUGCACAACUGGCUGCUAUACGGUCAUGUUCCGCUGCUAUUUAUCAUCUCAUGUUGUAUUAUUUUGAAUAUUUUAAAUAUAGUUUUUAUUAUUGUAACCAUGCAACUUUAAAUCAUGCUUGUGGUUGUUUUUUGUUUGUUUUAUUCUUUGCCUUUUAAUCCAUCGAGAGCAACAACAUUUUCUUGGUUAUAAAAUGUUAUUGUCGUACUCACUGUACAAGUGCAAUCAACCUACACACAUUGCUGCAUUUAUGUUGCAGAACCCUUCUUAUCAAUAUCUCCUCUUUAAAUCCACACCACAUCAACACCAUAUACUUACUGAAUAAAUCAAUGAAUGCUAUGCUGGGUUACAAUGUUCAUGUUAGUUGACCUUUCACUAUUAUUCUAACAACCUCCACUUUUUUUUGUAGCUCUACUUUUACUUUGAAUGAUUCAGUGAUGUCAUUUUCACGCAUUUGGUCUCAAAUACAACAGAAACAUGUAGCUCUAACUAUGAAGAACGGCACAUUAUGAACAAUAAAAAUUAAAACAUUUGUAUUACUGUUAAGCUGCAAACCAACCGUAAACAUGAAAAGCCAAUCUCCAGUGUGACCGGGGUGUUAUUAAGGGGUCGAUUAAAUGUGCUGACCUGUAGUUCUUCAUGCUGUGAUUUGUGCAAUUCUUUCUCUCCUCACAUUGACCAAAGUUGAGUUCUGUAUCAAAAUUUCAUAUUCAGAAAGACUCUUUUGUUUUUGCUUUUUGCUUUUAAUCUGACCAUCAAAGAAAAAUGGGUCCCUAGUUUAAAUGUCCUGAUGUAACAGUGGAUUCUACCGUUAAAUGAAAAAGUGACUGUACUGAUAAUCCAGGUCAGAUUGGAAAAGAAAAUAUAUAUAUAUAUAUAUAUCAAUGUCUAUAUAUACAGUAUGUCUAUUUUUCAAAGAACACAAUAAAAGUAUCUGCAGCUUAA